CAUCAUAGGUCAUAGUCAUAUACAUAUACAGUCUGAAAGUCAUUCAUCCUUCCGACCACUCACAAUGGUCAUGGUCGAGGGAAACACCCACUUGAGCCGAAGCACGGUCCUUGUUACCGGUGGAUCCGGGGGCCUCGCCAGCCGGAUCCUCCAGCUCUUCGCGGAGCGUGGCUGCAACCAGCUACACUCCCUUGACCUCCGAGAACCAUCUCACUAUCUGCCCGGAGUGAGCUAUCAUACCGGAGACCUGACUGACGCCGACGCGAUACGCCAGCUCUUCCAAGACGUGCAACCUGAGACCGUCAUCCAUACCGCCAGCCCGAAAUUCGAUUCUCCAAGCCCCAUCAUGUACAAAGUCAACGUGGAAGGCACCCGAGCCCUCCUCCAGAUUGCGCGAGGAGCGGGCACUCAAUGCUUCGUAUACACCAGCUCAGCCAGCGUCAUCAGCGACGCCCAGACGGAUCUGAUAAACGCCGACGAGACCUUCCCCGUCCUCCUCGAGGAGGGGCAACAGCCAGAAUUCUACGUCUACACCAAGGCCCUCGCAGAGUCCUAUGUACUGUCCCAGAACCAGCGCCGAGCCCCCAACCCCUUCCUGACCUGCGCUAUCCGGCCCUCGGGCAUCUUCGGUGUCGGCGACCUCGUCAUCGGCGACAAUCAGAACCGCUUCGACUUUACCGAGAAUACGAAUGUCGCGCACGCGCAUUACCUGGCUGCCGCGGCGCUGCGGGCCCAACUCUCGAAAAAUGGGGAGGCCUUUUUCAUAACCAACGAUGAGCCGCGAUGCUUCUGGGACUUCACGCGGCUGGUGUGGAGGUUCGCGGGGGAUACGACGCGGGGCGAGCAGGUAUGGGUGAUCCCACGGCCGUGGGCAUUACGCCUGGCCGGCUUCCUGGAGUGGGUCUUCUGGGCACUGGGGCUGGGCCAACCCCCGUUGACCCGGACCAAAGUGCGGCUCAGCUGUAUGACGCGGUACUUUUGCAUCGACAAAGCGAAGACGCCGCUUGGGUAUCGGCCGGUGGUGGGGCUGGAGGAGGGCCUGCAGCGAGCGGUGGAAGACUGCUUGAGUCGGCGGGCCACUGAGGGCUUGAAGAAGUUCUCUUGAAUAGAACGGUUUUCUGGAAAGCGAAGAUGG